AAACCCUUUACCGGAAACUCGUCCGUUCGCCAAAUCUGUCCGACUCCUACCACGGAGUUUAGCGGCAUGUGUGCACUAGUUGAAAUCCAGAAAACUGACUGGAAACCAGAGUUUUAGUGAUAAAACAGGAACGUAAAAUAACGCAACAUGUCAGCUGCUUUAAUCCAGCGAAUAAAGGAGCUGGAGUCAGAGCUGGAGAAGCUUAAAUCCCAGCUGAAGAAGAGCAGUGAAGAUGGAGGUGAAACCAGUCCACCUCCUAACGAAAACCUAAACACCAAGAGCGACGGAAACACCAGCAGGAAGGAGAGAAAGAAGGCAGGUAAAGACCGACCGUUUGACUUUACCGCGCACCCCUGGCGCCACGUGGCCCUGCGUCUGGCUUACCUGGGCUGGGCCUACCAGGGCUUUGCGGUUCAGGAGAACACGGACAACACCGUGGAGGCCAGGCUCUUCGAGGCUCUGCUGAAGACUCGGCUGAUUCAGGACCGCCAGAGCUCCAACUACCACCGCUGCGGUCGCACCGAUAAAGGAGUCAGCGCUUUCUCCCAAGUCAUAACCAUCGACUUGCGCUCCACCCAGUUUGGCGGAGGACUGGGCGUCGCGCUCCCUGAAAACGUUGACGUUAGUACCAAGUCAAAAGCUGCUGCUGAGCUUCCAUAUGUGAAGAUGUUGAACCGCGUCCUGCCUCAGGAUAUAAGGAUCCUAGACUGGGCUCCGGCAGCAGAAGGUUUCAGUGCGCGCUUCGACUGUCAGUCCCGCACGUACCGCUACUACUUCCCCCGAGGAUCCUUGGAUGUGACGUUGAUGGCGGAUGCUGCAAAAAGGUACGAGGGAACUCAUGACUUUCGCAACCUGUGCAAAAUGGACGUGGGCAACGGAGUCCUGCAGUUUGAACGGACCAUCUUGUCGGCCUCGGUCGAGCCUGUGCAGCCUCAGCACGACUCCAGCACGAACCAACAUGACCUCUUUAUAUUUGAGAUCAAGGGCUUAGCUUUUCUUUACCACCAGGUGCGCUGCAUGAUGGCAGUGCUUCUCUUGAUCGGGCAGAAGCUGGAAGCCCCGGAGAUAAUUAAUCAGCUCCUGGACGUCGAGAAGAACCCCAGGAAGCCCCAGUACAGCAUGGCAGUAGAUUAUCCUCUGGUGCUGUACGACUGCCACUUCGAAGGUUUGAGCUGGGAGCGGGAGACGGAGGAACUGAGCCACGUCCUGACUGCUCUGCAGCAACACUGGACUCAGAGCGCGGUCAAGGCCCACGUCCUCCACGGGAUGAUCCAGGGUCUGGAGGUCAGAGGUGGCGUGUCCUCCAGCCACUGCCUGCUCGUAGAGGGCAGCAGGCAGAGAAACUAUCGGCCUCUGCUGGAGCGUCCGUGCUGCGAGAGCCUGGAGUCCAGGAUAAAACAUUUUGUUAAAAGAGGCCGACUGGAGCGGGAGGAAGGGGAAAACGGAGGCGAAUUGGUCCACAGAGGGAAAAGGUCCAAACAUUCCCACAGCCCCUCGGCCGUUCUGCCUGUUUCUUCAGAUAUGGAAAAGCCAAGUGUAGAUCAGAAAGCAGAAGAUUAAUGUUUUUCCCAAUGGAAAAUGGACUUGUAAGGUUUAUUUUUACGGAUUAUUAUUUUUUUGUAUUUUAUGUGGAACAAUAAUGCAUUUCCAUUUUCAGUCAUGCUGCAUAUGUUGUGUUUUUCUUUAAAAUAAACCCAUUGGAGAACGUGUGU